AAAAAGUACCUGACAUCGCCGUCGCUGCCCCUGUCAGUUCAAGAAGAACAUUCAAAGAAAAUGGCAAGUGGUGCUAUAGUUGAUACGGCUUUUCCAGCUAUUUCUCUGGUCCCAAAAACCGAAACAGGAGUCUUAAAUUUCCUCCAAAAGUAUCCGGAAUACGAUGGACGAGAUACCAUAAUUGCAGUAUUUGACUCCGGAGUCGAUCCCAAGGCAGCAGGUCUCCAAACUGUAUGCGAUGGCUCUGUAAAGGUCAUUGAACGUUUCGAUUGUUCAGGCUGUGGCGACACUGACGUCUCGAAGAAGGUCACCGUUGAUACAAAAGGAUGCAUCACGGGUUUAUCUGGCCGAUCGCUGAAGUUGACGCCGCAAAUGCUGGCCAACAAUACCGCCAAUGGGGAGUUUCGAGUUGGAUUGAAAGGUGUCGGGGACAUGUAUCCCUCGAAAAUUCGUGAUUCGGUGGUGAAUAAUAAGAAGUUAAAGACCUGGGACAAGCCUCAUAAGACAGCCAUUGCUGAUGUGCUGCGUAAAAUAAACGAAUUUGAGGUUCAAAAUGGCGAUACGACUAAACUAUCAUGGGACAAGAAGCUGGAGAAGGACAACCUUGACUUUGAACUAGAGUUUCUUAACAACUACGAGAAGAUGUACUCGGACAUUAAGACUACGUACGACAUCGUUGUGUAUCCAACUGAGAGUGGAUAUCAGGCUGUUAUUGAUACUUCUUUAAAGGGUGAUUUGGAAAAUGCAGUGCAUAUCGGAGAAUACAGCAAAACUCAUGAAAUCAAGAAUCUCGAUAGUUAUCUUUCGGUUUCAAUGAACAUCCACGACGAGGGAAAUAUUGUAGAACUUGUUGGAAUGUGCUCUCCCCAUGGAACACAUGUCGCUUCAAUAGCCAGCGGUAAUCAUGAUUCGAAGGAUGUGAAUGGUGUUGCACCCAAUGCCAAAAUCGUAUCGUUGACAUUGGGCGAUGGACGUUUAGGCUCAAUGGAAACUGGUACCGCAUUGGUGCGUGCCAUGAUGAAAGUCAUGGAAUUGUGUGAAACUGGAAGGAAGGUAGAUGUCAUCAAUAUGAGUUAUGGUGAACAUGCUGCUUGGUCAAGUUGUGGUCGCAUUGGCGAACUAAUGAGCGAAGUGGUCAACAAAUAUGGCGUAGUCUGGGUUGCUUCGGCCGGGAAUCAUGGUCCAGCGUUAUCCACAAUUGGCACCCCGCCAGAUAUUAGUCAGCCAAGUUGUAUAGGUGUUGGAGCAUAUGUUUCCCCUCAGAUGAUGGAAGUGGAGUACGCUUUGCGGGAAAAACUUCCAGGAAAUGUUUACACCUGGACAUCACGUGAUCCCUGCAUUGAUGGUGGCCAAGGAGUAACAGUGUGCGCCCCAGGAGCAGCAAUAACCUCAGUGCCACAAUUUACAAUGUGCAAAUCUCAGCUCAUGAACGGAACGAGUAUGGCAGCUCCUCAUGUUGCCGGAGCAGUAGCACUCCUGGUCUCCGGUUUGAAGCAAAAGGGUGUUUCAUAUUCACCGUUUAGUAUAAAGCGUGCCAUAUGUGCUACAGCAACAAAAUUAAAUUAUGUCGACCCAUUUGCUCAGGGAAGUGGACUUUUGAAUGUGGAGAAAGCGUUCGAGUAUUUGAUGCAGCACAAGGAUGCAACAGAAAACACGUUGAGGUUCUCUAUACGUGUUGGUAACCAAAACGCAAAGGGCAUCUAUAUCAGAGAAGGAUUUCUCAAGAAACCAUAUGAAUUUAAUGUCAACAUUGAACCAAUUUUCAUGAAUGAAAAGGAAGCUGAUCCUAAGGACAAAAUAAACUUUAAUGUUCGACUAAAUUUAGUUUCGUCACAUCCGUUUGUCCAAUGUGGAAAUUAUUUGGAUCUGUGCUAUGGGACACGUCCCAUCAGUGUUAAAGUGGACCCAACAGGACUGCCAGCAGGUGUUCAUUCCGCUGUCAUCAAAGCAUAUGACAGUAAUGAUGUCGAAAAAGGAUCAUUAUUCGAGAUUCCAGUUACUGUUGUUCAGCCCCAUGUACUUAAUACUGAACAAUCACGUGUAUUUAAUCCUCCAGCUGCCAUAGAAUUUCAACCCAACACCAUUCAACGUGAUUUCAUUUUAGUUCCUAACAAUGCCACCUGGGCUGUUUUAAAAAUGCGCUCGACCGAUACAAAUCGUGACAAAGAAGUUGGAAAAUUCUUUGUCCAUACGAUGCAGUUGCUACCAGUAUCAUCAUGCCGAAAGCUUGAAACUAUGAAAAUCCUCAACGUCACUACUGAAAACGAGACAAGUUGGCCAUUUAAAGUUCAGGCGAACAAUAUACUAGAGCUGUGCAUUGCCAAAUACUGGUCAAACUUUGGAAAUACACACGUAAAAUAUAGUUUGGAAUUCCAUGGAAUCUCGACCAGUCCAAAAGCAACUGUCAUGCACUCGGCCAAGGGCAUCCAUCGUUUCCAAGUGACUGCACUUUCCGCUGAAGACUUCCAACCAGCCAUUCAAUUAAAAACCGCUGCUGUCGUCCUGAAGCCAACCGAAUCCAAAAUCACCCCACUCAGCCCAACACGAGAUGUCAUCCCGGCGGGCAGGCAAAUCUAUCAAAACGUCCUCACGUAUAAUUUGAAUGUCGCCAAGGCACAUGAAGUCUCCCUGUACGCGCCGCUCUUCAACUCAUUGCUCUAUGAAUCCGAAUUCGAAUCGCAAUUGUGGAUGCUGUUCGAUGUAAAUAAAAUGAUGAUUGCUUGCGGUGAUGCACAUUCGCACACAUUUUGCACAAAACUGGAAAAAGGCGAAUACACAGUCCGGCUGCAGAUACGCCACGAAAAGAAGGAUGCUCUAGAGAAAAUUUCCGAGGCGACAAUGGUGGCGCUAUUCAAAUUGUCCACUCAGAUAACCCUUGACAUCUACGACCACUACAAUCAGUGUAUUGUCGGUGGCCGGAAGUUCACCAGCUGUUCGUUGCAACACACGCCUAAAGUUGUCUAUGUGGCUCCCUUGAAUAGUGAGAAAAUAUCAAAGGCAUCCUUGCCUACUGGCACAACUUGGCUAAAUGGAAACAUGUCAUUGGCCAAGGAUGAAGUAGGCCGACGAGUUCAUGUUUUGAAAUUCCAGUAUUUACUAACCGAUGCAUCAUCGUCGACCGGAUCAGGCAAGAAAGGAAAUGGAAACGGCUCCGGUUCUGGUUCUGGUUCAGGGUCUGGAUCUAAUGGUGGUGGUGGUGGCGUCGGCACCAAUGCCAAGAACACUAAUGGUAGUCCAAAGAAACCAGUCAAAAACUCAAAAGAUGACUACGAAGAGGCAUUGCGUGACUUCCAGUGUGCACAGAUUGCUAAAAUUGAUCUUGAUAAGGCCGAGGAGAUUUACAACACUGUAAUUGCUGCCCAUCCAAAACAUGUGACGGCUCAUUUAAAGUACAUUGAAAACAUCGAGAGUGCUCACUUGAAAGCCCAAUUUCCGUUUACAUUCGCCAAUUACAUCUCGGGGAAGGACACUGCCGAGACAAAACCAGACGUAGCCAGUAUUACGACAACCUUGGAGAAAAUCGUAGAGAAGGCUGGCCUCGUCAUCAAAGAGACCGACAAGGAUGCAUUGUUGGGAUUUUACGGUCUGAAGAACGAUACACGUUCCGACGCUGCCAAAAUUAAAACCGAUAUGGAUAAGCAAAAGAACAACUUACUUGAAGCACUCACCAAGAAGGGCAUUGCGGUCGCCAAAUUGAAUGUUAUCGAGAAUGGGUCCCAGAAAACGACUCGUUUGGAGGAAAUUGACGCUAUAUUUACUGAAAUUGGAAAGUUUUCAGAUGCCACUGACAACAAGGUUGUUAACUUUUCCUUAUGGCAUGCAUACGUUCACUCCCAUCAUGGACGUAUGGUGAAAAUAUUGCAAAAACUCUACGAUGACAAACGAUCCAGAGAAGUUUAUGAAGAAUUGGCCAUAGUUACAGCAGCGGCUAAAUGGAAUCACAUUGAAGAGGCCAUUGACCGUUUAACAAUCACAGCAAACCCAAUGAGUUAUCGUUUGUUUUAAAAGAACUCCUUCCACUGCUCUCAACAAAAAGAAAACAAAUAUAUAAAAACCUCUGUAUAUCAAUGACCUAGAUCCAAAUAUUGUUUUCUUUUUCUAAUUAUAUUCUAAUUGUAAAAUUUAUACGUUUUUUAAAAUAUCAAAUAUAGUUCUUCUAUGUGACCUUUUUUCUCUUUUUCAAGAUAUACUAAUUUUGGUGAUUGUUUUUAUGUGUAGUUUAACAAAAGAAAAAGUAUAAAUACAAUUUUCUUGAUUGGUUUUCAAUUUGUCUAUUCCGUCUGUGGAUAAUUUUUUUUUAAAUGAUAAUUAAUUGUGUAGUAAAUGUUACAAAAUGAUUUUAAGAAAUCUCAAAGAAAAUAAGAAAUAAAAAGUGUAUGACUUAUGUAAAAGUA